ACGCUAUAAAUACCUCCCAUGGAGUCGUAGUUCAUUCACAGAUACACGUUGUAAUUAACACACACAAGCACGUACAACCGACCACUCAAAAGCGGCCCUUGCUUCUCUCUCGAUAAGAUUCAACUUCUUUUAGACUUAUUUUGAUUAUAUAUCAUUAUUUCACGUGAGAUUUUCAACAACUUCACUAAACAUCUAAUUUGUAUAUGGAGCUAAUGAGUGUGAACGAACCCCAAUUACUGUCUAAGAUUGCCACUGGCGAUGGACAUGGUGAGAACUCCCCAUACUUUGAUGGGUGGAAGGCUUAUGAAGAUGAUCCCUUUCAUCCCAUAAAAAAUCCUAAUGGGGUAAUCCAGAUGGGUCUUGCAGAAAAUCAGCUUGCUUCUGACUUGGUUCAAAAUUGGUUAACGAACAAGCCUAGGGCAUCCAUUUGCACUCCUGAAGGAGUGCGUGAUUUCAAGGCCAUAGCUAAUUUUCAGGACUACCAUGGUCUGCCGAAAUUCAGAAAAGCUGUGGCUAAAUUCAUGGCAAGAACGAGAGGAAAUAGAGUCACAUUCGACCCUGACCGUAUUGUUAUGAGCGGUGGAGCAACUGGAGCACAUGAGGUCACUGCCUUUUGUUUGGCAGACCCCGGCGAGGCAUUUUUGGUCCCCACUCCUUAUUAUGCUGGAUUCGACAGGGAUUUGAGGUGGAGAACGGGCGUUGAACUUGUUCCUGUUAAAUGUGAAAGCUCAAAUGAUUUCAAGUUAACAAGGAAAGCGUUGCAAGAGGCGUACGAGAAAGGCAAAGAGAACAACAUAAGAAUAAAGGGCUUGCUAAUUACCAACCCAUCAAACCCGUUGGGAACCAUCAUGGACCGAGAAACUCUAAGAACAGUGGUGAGUUUCAUCAAUGAAAAACAUAUCCACCUAGUAAGCGACGAAAUAUACGCUGGUACAGUUUUUUGCCACCCAGGUUUCACGAGCAUCGCGGAGGUAAUAGAGGAAGACACAGACAUCGAAUGUGACCGCGACCUUAUCCACAUUGUUUAUAGUCUUUCAAAGGACAUGGGGUUCCCUGGGUUCAGAGUUGGCAUCAUAUACUCUUACAACGACGCAGUGGUGAAUUGCGCUCGCAAAAUGUCUAGCUUUGGAUUAGUGUCCACACAGACCCAAUACCUUUUAGCAUCAAUGCUUUCUGAUGAUGAGUUUGUGGAACGGUUCCUUGAAGAGAGUGCAAAAAGGCUUGCGAAAAGGUAUGGGGUUUUCUGUAGGGGACUUGCACAAGUUGGCAUAAAGUGCUUGGCGAGCAACGCUGGUCUGUUUCUGUGGAUGGACUUGCGUCGUCUUUUGAAGAAGCCAACUUUUGAGGCCGAAAUGGAACUGUGGAAAGUGAUCAUUGAGCAAGUGAAGAUCAACAUCUCCCCUGGCUCUUCCUUUCAUUGUUCUGAGCCAGGGUGGUUCAGGGUGUGCUAUGCUAACAUGGAUGAUAGAACCGUGGAAGUUUCUCUGGCGAGAAUGCGCACCUUCGUGAAUCAGAACACCGAAGCCAAGAAAUCUUGCAGCCAGAGAAACUUGAGGCUGAGCUUCUCGUUCAGAAAGAUGGAUGAGUACUUGGUGUCACCUCACUCCCCUUUUCCUCAAUCACCUCUUGUUAAAGCCUCCACUUGAUGAUUCAAGGGAUUUCUGCCACUCUUGAGUCCUCUAACACAUACUGCUUGAUGGAUAUACCCCCAUGGUCCAUGGUCUUGGGGAUUUUUUUUUCUGUUUUCACUUGCAAGUAAAUGGAUUGGUGGUGAAACAAGUUUAAUAAAGUUUGUAGAUUUUUAUUUUAUUUUUAGUUAAGAUUGGCAAUUGGUUUGGAAGAUUUAUGUAUUCUGUUAUGGAGAUUGUAAUGUCAAGAUUAAUACUAUUAAUUUUCUUUUGUGUAUAAUUAGUUGGAAAGAUAUUAAUAAAGCAGAAGACUGAGCCAAAGUAAAGAUUUUAAUUGAAGAUGUC